AUGUCGGCCCCCGUGGCUUACUUGUGGGGAUAUAUUGUGGAGAUCUACCUGAAGCUCAACGCUACCAAACUUAACGCUUAUCGGCUUAUCGGAUUCUCUUAUCGCAUCUUUAUCGAUGCGGGGAAUGACCUGGAAAAGGCUCUUGAUCUCAAUGAAUGCAAGUCUACGUCUUCCGCCGCAGCCGUCAUGCUCAACCCAGGCUCCAGUAUUCAGACGAAAGAGCUUUUCUACUCCUACUAA